AGUGGCGGAGCCUGUUAACAGUAAAAGUAAUGUGCCUGAGGAAAUGGAUGUAUCAGAAACUCAGUGGGGAUGGUUCUAUUUGGCAGAAUGUGGUAAAUGGCAUAUGUUUGAGUCAAGUCCAUCCGAGUAUUGCUCUAUAACAAGUCAACAGGUUGAGCAGCAUUACCGAGAAAAUCCCCAUGGCUCAGUAGAAUUUUCAACAAUGAAGUUCAACUAUCGUCUGAAUUUCAUAGAAAUGUGUCAGACCAACUUAUGCAACGGCACAAAACGGCCAGUAAAAAGAGCCCCUUUUUCAAUCUCUGCAUUCAGUUACAUCUGUGACAAUGGAUCAAUCCCAUUGCCAUCCCACUGGGAGCACGUGAACAGCGCCCAGCCUUAUCAGCUCAUCCCCCUUAUCAAGAUCUGUAACGAAUAUAAGGAAGUAGCCAGCCUGUUCGGACAGUCAAUGGACCAGAACCGCAUCACAAAGAUUCUAAGAAUACAGAAUCUGGACCUGUGGGAAUUUUACUGCAGGAAAAAAGCUCAAAUGAAAAAGAAGAAAGGAGUGCCUAAUGUUGCAGAGGAGAUGCUAUUCCAUGGCACAGGCAAUGAGUUUGUCAAUGCAAUAUGCAUUCAUAACUUUGACUGGCGAAUAAACGGAAUACGUGGCACUGUUUAUGGAAAAGGUACAUACUUUGCAAAGCAGGCCGCCUUAUCCAGUCAAAACUGUAAAAUCAGCAGCAAGCACAACCAGACGCUGGGAGGGCUCGGGGUGAACCCCUACUUUCUCCACUCGUUCAAAAACAAGACCAUGUUCCUGGCCAGAGUCAUUGUUGGGGAUUACACUAUAGGAAACAAGGCGUAUAUCCGACCGCCCUCGAAGGACGGAAGUCUCGUCAACUUAUAUGACAGCUGCGUGGACGAUCCUUUUUCUCCGCUCUUGUAUGUCAUUUUUGAUGGCAAUCAGAUCUACCCAGAAUACAUCAUACAGUUUGACUGACUACUACCACCUCUGCACAUUUAGGGUA